CGCUGUGGAAAGAUGCGAUCAGCGAGCCGCGGAGGCUUUUCCUUAAUUGCUCAUAUCAGCAAUAGAGGCUAAACAACCCGUAAGCGAGCCUUUGYGGUCUUUUUCUGACUAAGCGAGAAGCUCCGUACACCCACCACGGCGUUCAUCCAAGAAAUGUCUGUGUUUUAAGGCGUCAACGCAGAUUUUACCCGGCGGUUUUGGCUCGAGAGCUCCAGGAUGUCCAAGCGACGUUCUUCAGAGAGGGGAGCUGGAGAGACAUCGGGCAGAGCCAGCAAACUGCAUUGUCCUGGGAUAUCUGGCAGUAACGCCAAGAGAGCUGGCCCAUUUGUCCUUGGACCUCGCCUGGGCAACUCACCGGUGCCGAGCAUAGUUCAGUGUUUGGCCAGAAAAGAUGGCACAGAUGACUUUUAUCAGCUCAAAAUCCUGACACUGGAGGAGCGAGUAGACUCUGCAGGGGAGACCCAGGAGGAGAGACAGGGGAAGAUGCUUCUGCACACAGAAUAUUCUUUGCUUUCUCUGUUGCACAACCAGGAUGGGGUGGUGCACCAUCACGGCCUCUUCCAGGAUCGGGCCUAUGAAAUAGUGGAGGACACGGAGGCCAACAAAGUCCGCAAGAUGAAGAAGCGAAUUUGCCUCGUACUGGACUGCCUGUGUGCCCACGAUUUCAGCGACAAGACAGCCGACCUGAUUAAUCUCCAGCAUUAUGUCAUAAAGGAGAAACGACUGAGUGAACGUGAAGCCAUUAUCAUUUUCUACGAUGUGGUGCGUGUGGUGGAGGCCCUUCAUAAAAAAAACAUUGUGCAUAGAGACCUCAAGCUGGGAAACAUGGUGCUGAACAAACGGACUCACCGCAUCACGAUCACGAACUUCUGCCUGGGAAAGCAUCUGGUGAGUGAGGACGACCUGCUGAAAGACCAGCGAGGGAGUCCUGCCUACAUAAGCCCUGAUGUGUUAAGUGGUCGUCCAUACCGUGGUAAACCUAGCGACAUGUGGGCCCUUGGUGUAGUUCUGUUCACCAUGCUGUAUGGCCAGUUCCCUUUUUAUGACAGCAUACCUCAAGAACUCUUCCGUAAGAUCAAGGCUGCGGAGUACUCCAUUCCAGAAGAUGGACGUGUGUCAGAGAACACAGUGUGCCUCAUUCGAAAGCUGCUCGUACUGGACCCACAGCAGAGGCUAACUGCAGGAGAAGUGCUGGAAUCCCUCAGUGCCAUCAUUGCCUCUUGGCAGUCAGUUUCAUCGAUGAGUGGCCCUUUGCAGGUGGUUCCAGAUAUUGAUGAUCAGCUCAAUCACCCAGAACAUCUGCAAGAGGCCAAGGUGAUUGAAGAGUCUUCACAGUACGAGUUUGAAAACUACAUGCGCCAGCAGCUGCUGCUGGCUGAGGAGAAGAACACUUGCCAUGAAUCCAAGAGCUUUCUCACAAACCGCCAGUUUGGCAGCAUCCCACCUGUUAGGCGUUUGGGCCACGACGCCCAACCUGUCAGUCCACUAGAUGCUGCUAUACUCGCCCAACGUUUUCUUCGGAAAUAGCCUUCAGCCACCCACUCCAGCCUCCCCAGAAAGUAAAGACGCCCGCAGGGAUGAGAGAGGACUCCCGACAGAAAAAGCCCCAAAACUGAGCUUGCACACGUGAGACCCCUGCCUGAGCUUGCUGACAAAGAGACAAAUGUUYGGGUUUUUGGCGAGUUAGGUGAAGCAGAUAGAAGGUGGGCAGGAAAAACACAUCUCCAACGCAGAGCUUCACUCUCCCGGUCUGGAUCGAGCCGGCRACACGUGAAGCCUCGGCUGAAACUCUGACCCAAAGGUUCCUCGCCCUCAGGUCGCCUACAGUCACUGUGCAACAAGCCCAUUAGCACAGUCCCACAUGACUCUGACACGAGGCCCUGCCUUUAGUGUUAAAGAAAUCCUYCUUUGAGAUGUCCCAGUUGUGACACUUCCCCCACCUUAUUCUGGUUCCCCUGAGCAAUACAGGUCCAGAAUCAUGUAGCAACUCUCUUCACAGUGGUUCGGUAUUGCCUCAAGUCGGGUCACUURAUCACAGAUGUCUCACUUAUGUAUACCUCCAUUUCAUCUUCCUUCUCUUGUGUUUUUCUUCCYCUCUACUGUCUUCUUGUGAUGAAUAUGGUCUUUGUCCUGUCCACCACUCUGACUUCAAAUCAAUCUACCUCUUUUGUCUCUCUUCUCUGUUGGUAACCCAUGCUCACUGUCCUGAGACAAGGGAUUGUAACAAAGGAGUCUUGAUGCUACCAGUGACAUAAAGCAUUAACGUUUUCUGUUAGAGUUGAUGUGUUUUGAAACCUUCUCAGUGGUUUCUAAAAAUCUGAAUAAGCUUUGUUUCAUUUACCGGAAUAAGUAGCAUUUUAUCUCUAUAACUGCAUAGAAGAAAAAGAAAAUAUCAAAGCUUAUGUGUACACAUGCUUUGAUAUUUGCUUUGUCCUCCUGCUUCUGCUCAUCCCUGUGGAAAUYUAUUAGCAUCUAGGCAGCUAGUGUGGAGUACCUGGGAGUCACAAUGCCAAGAACUGAAUGAGGCCAAGGCAUAAUGAUGGGAAAUCUUCCUCAGUGCCAGCGUACUACUAUAAUGACAAUACGGCGCUGUCAUGUUUCCAUUGCCAAAAAAAUCUUGUCUUAAAUGUAUUUUUAGCCAAGGAAACUGGUACUCUCUGGCUCAUUUAGAACGAAAAGGCUUCCAGGUAGCUUCCCUGUUUUCUUCUCAACAAAAUCAAUCAUGAGACAAGUGUUUUUCAGUGUGAAGUGAUCAUUCUACGCUUUACUAUAUCUGCAGUAUCCAGGUGUGUAUGUGUGUGUGUGUGCAUGCGCGAGUGUGUUGGGUCAGGCAAAACAAGUGUCUCCUAAGCUGUCGAGCUGUUAACCCUAUGACACUGUGUGACCCUUUAAGCUAUUUUCCUAUUUUCAUUGUGUUUUGUUUGGCCUGCCGCUGUGGCAGACACUGUGAAAACCAGACCAGGCUCUGCUUCAAUGCUUUAAGAUUGGAAAAGAUCACGUAUCUAUUGCCACUCCGAAGCCCUCUGUCAAGCUCAUCUUGUACACGCUUAUCUCACCACGUAGGCUCGUCUGAGACUAACUAGUGGCUGAUAAUGAGUACUGUAAUAUUUUAUAGGUAAAUGAGAAAAAAAUAACUCGCAGAUUUUUAAUUGCAGUUGCUGUGUUUGCUUUUUGAUGAAUUCUGUUUUUACACAAUGAUUCUUUAAACCAUGGCAAAGUUACUACUCGGUGACUGUUAGACAUUUGUACACUGCUUCUUGCCUUUGCAUAUUGAUACCUGCUUUAGGCUUUUUGGACUUCCUCCUAUUUCUAUUCAAACUGAUUGCAUGAACAUAGCCUUUGGAUCUUUUUCAAAUGUCUCUACUUGUUCUUUUUUGUUUUCCUGGGAGUUUUGUGUUGAUUUAUUUAUUCACUUGUGCCGACUUUCCCCUUUUUUUUUCAAACCACUGGUGCUUGUAUCACAGACAUUGAUUGUAAACAGUCAAUUUAUUUUUCUUGUUCUUUUUUUUUUGGUUGAAAGGUUUUCUUAAAUAUUGACUGCUGAUAAUUGUCGUAACUUCUGCCAGUGAACCCGGCUCCACGUCUCCUCGCUCUCUCAGCUUUAAGAAGUAUUUUUCACACAAACCGUGGCUCCACUUAAACCUUCGAAUUCUUUAUCCUGUUCMGACACAUUCAUGAAAGAGUAGCAUUUUGUUGUUGUUGUUGUUUUAGGAUUACUAAAUUGUUUUCUUGCCAUUUUUUUUUGUGGUAAACUUAAGCUACACUAAUUACAAGACUGACUUUUGCAUAGUUCUAUUUUUAAAUAAAUAAAACAUUUUCAUGUUAUCUUGAUUUAUUGGUGGAGGUUUUGGAUUAAAAUUUUCUUCCAUUGCCCCCCCAAUUUUCACUCGAGGCUGCACUCUUUUGGUCAGUAUGUAAAUAAAGUACCAUCAUGACUGUGGCAGUCAAGUUGUAUGUACAGUAGUUCCACCCGGUGACUUACCAACUCUGUUUCAACACAUGCCGAUUAACGUGUACUUUAGGCCACGUUGGCCGUCAACCAUCACACCUGGAGGCUAAAAUAAUACUUAAAGAGAGCCAUUGGCUUUCUCCCAUCUCAAUGUGAAUUCCAUGGGUAUACAGCAGUAUUGUAGUAGUCUAGGUUGUUCAUAAGAAAAGGUUGUUUUCGAGCUCCGUAGCCAGUGCUGAUUUUAAGCGAACGUCUUUGGAAAGUGUCUCGGCACCAUCUUCCAUGAGACAUGAGUACAGAWCAGUAACCUAACGGCUUUCUUCAAUCAGAAAGCUAGCAGGAUGUUCCAUGGUCAUUGUUUGUUUUCCUGAGCUGUAUUGGUAAACAUUGUGGACUGAAAAGCAUGGAAUUAGUAAAUUUUUGCACGAUUUUGAACUCGUAUGUCAGAGCAACUGAAAUCGAAAACAAUUCACCCCAUUAAGUCGAAUCUGCGCCCYCCAACUGGGGAAAAAAAUCCUACAAAUUUAUUAAAUUGUCGGCACAUAUUCGAUUAAUUACUGGUCGUUCCAACUGUAAACCUGGUGCGGGAUGUAAAACGUGUUGCUUAAACCCCAUGGGACAAUGUGUUGUAAGCUGCUUGGUUGGAUACGGGCAUCUGGAUACAGAAAACUGAAUAAUUGUACAGAUAAACACAUUUGUAUAAAAAAAACAUAUUUUUCUACUUCAUCAGAUCUCUACUUGCAUGUCAGCAAUAAACUUUGAUAUGGAAAUGUUG